GCUGGUUUUCCUACGAUACGACAGUUGACCACCAGGCCUUUAUAUCCUCCGGUGGAGACAAACGUCUCUUCAGGUACACUGUGUCCGUCGUCAGAGGCAUCAAUAUGGAGGAAGACGAGCAGAAAACAGCAGUGAUGCGAAAGGCAUUCCAAAUGUUCGACACAACAAAGAGUGGCUUCAUCGACACUCUGAAGAUCUCCACGAUCCUCAAUACCAUGGGUCAGCUGUUCGACGACGCUGAUCUCAACGCCCUGAUUGAGGAAAAUGAUCCCGAUCACGUUGGCAAAGUGAACUUCGAUGUCUUCUGCAAAAUCGCUGGACGAUUUCUCGAGGAGGAGGACGCCGAGGCCAUGCAGGAGGAGCUCAAGGAAGCCUUCAGACUCUACGAUCGCGAGGGCAAUGGUUACAUAACAACAGCCACCCUGAAGGAGAUUCUCGCUGCAUUGGAUGACAAACUAACUAGCUCGGAUCUCGAUGGCAUCAUCGCUGAAAUCGACACCGACGGCUCUGGCACCGUGGACUUUGACGAGUUCAUGGAGAUGAUGACUGGAGAGUAGAUGUCAUUUCCUGCCGUUGGACCUCAUUUGUCAAAUUAUGAAGUAAGAAGAAUUGGACAUCUUCGGGGAGAUGAUCGGAAGAUUGUGAUUUCAAUUAAAUUCGGUGAUCGAGGCGGUUCAUUACACUUGACGUGGUGAUAAUGAUUGAAGAAAAUCGGAGGAUCCUCACAUCAUUCGACUAAAUUCGUCCCUUGGAAUUGAAUUGAUUACUGACUAGCGAUAGUGAUUAAGCGAUAAAUAAACAAAAUUUUCUAUUCAA